AUGACCUCCUCCGGGCCCCUAUAUCUCGGCUUCGAUCUAUCCACCCAACAAUUAAAAGGGUUGGUGGUCGACUCUAGCCUCAAAAAGAUCCACGAAGCCAAGUUCGACUUUGACGCCGAUUCCAAGGGCUUCAACGUGAAUAAGGGCGUUCUUGUGAAUGAAGCCGAACAUGAAGUUUUUGCGCCAGUGGCAAUGUGGCUACAAGCCAUCGACACUCUUUUGGGUCGUCUGAAGGACGACGGCCUCGAUUUUAGUCGGAUCAAGGGGAUUAGCGGCUCGGGCAUGCAGCAUGGAAGUGUCUUCUGGAAUGCUGAUGCGGAACAACUACUUUCUCAACUCGAUCCUUCGAGAACACUAGAGUCGCAGCUCGACGGUGCGUUCGCACAUCCGUUCAGUCCCAACUGGCAGGACGCAAGCACCCAGAAGGAAUGUGACGAGUUUGACGCUAUUCUGGGCAAUGAAUCGCAACUAGCACAUGUAACUGGCAGCAAAGCACACCAUCGCUUCACUGGCCCGCAAAUCCUACGAUUUCAACGUAAAUACCCAGAUAAAUACAUCAAGACAUACCGGAUCACUCUUGUGUCAUCUUGGAUCGCUACUAUCUUCCUCGGAAAAUAUGCCCCGUUCGACAUCUCGGAUGUCUGCGGCAUGAAUCUGUGGGAUAUCAAAGCCGGCAACUGGAACGAGAAACUGCUGGAGCUCGCUGCAGGACCAUCUGGUGUGGACGCGCUGAAGAAAAAACUGGGCGACGUGCCUCAAGACGGUGGUAUCCAUCUAGGCACCGUCUCGCCCUACUUUAUCAAACGCCAUGGCUUUUCGAAUGAAUGCACCAUUAUCGCCUCGACUGGGGAUAACCCUUCCACAAUCCUUGCAUUACCGCUCCGCAGCAACGAUGCCAUGGUCAGCUUGGGCACAAGCACCACCUUCUUGAUGUCCACUACCGAGUAUAAACCAGAUCCGAGCACGCAUUUCUUCAAUCAUCCGACUACACCCGGACUAUAUAUGUUCAUGUUGUGCUAUAAAAAUGGCGGGCUGGCUAGAGAGAAGGUUCGCGACGCGAUCAAUGGCAAGCUAGGGGUUAAGGAGAAGAAUUCCUGGGCAGAGUUCGACAAGCACUUGCUUGAGACGCCGCCCCUUGCACAGUCCGACGAGAAGGACCCCAUGCACUUAGGUCUAUAUUUCCCUCGCCCUGAAAUCAUCCCUAACCUUCCGGACGGAGAGUGGCAUUUCUCAUACAAGCCGCAGAGUGAUGAGCUCAACCCCGAGAAAUCUGUUCCACAGCCCCCUGAGCAAGACGCGAGGGUCAUUGUGGAAAGUCAAUUCCUCUCCCUCCGGCUCCGUUCUCGCGAACUCGUCUCAAGUCCUGCAAAGGAUAUGCCCCCGCAACCACGCCGGAUUUAUUUAGUGGGCGGCGGCUCACGCAACAAGGCAAUCGCCCGCGUGGCAGGCGAGGUGCUAGGCGGUUCCGAAGGUGUGUUCAAGCUGGACGUCGGCGAGAACGCGUGUGCUUUGGGCGCCGCGUACAAGGCGGUAUGGGCGGUCGAACGAAAACAGGGCGAGACGUUUGAGGAGUUGAUCGGGCAGAGGUGGCGAGAGGACGAGUUUGUCGAGAAGAUUGCGGGUGGGUACAACGCGCAGGUGUGGGAGAGGUAUGGUAGCGCGUUAAAAGGCUUUGAAGAGAUGGAGAACAGGUUGUUGCGAGAGCAUGAGCAGAAGUGA